GCAUCUUUUCUUACAAAGAAGCUAAAUAUUGGUGGGAAAAGAGUAAACCUUGCAAUAUGGGAUACAGCUGGUCAAGAAAGAUUUCAUGCAUUGGGGCCGAUCUACUACAGGGAUUCUAAUGGCGCUAUUCUAGUAUAUGAUAUAACAGAUGAAGACUCUUUUCAAAAGGUAAAAAACUGGGUUAAGGAAUUAAGAAAAAUGUUGGGAAAUGAAAUCUGUUUAUGUAUAGUAGGUAACAAAAUAGACUUGGAAAAAGAGAGACACGUUUCAGUGCAAGAAGCAGAAACGUAUGCUGAGUCUGUUGGAGCAAAACACUAUCAUACUUCAGCUAAACAGAACAAAGGAAUUGAAGAACUGUUUCUUGACCUUUGUAAAAGAAUGAUAGAAACUGCUCAAGUGGAUGAAAGAGCAAGAGGCAAUGGUUCCAGUCAGUCAGGAAUAGCAAGGCGAGGUGUACAGAUCAUUGAUGAUGAGCCACAAGUACAGAGCAGUGGAGGGUGCUGUUCUUCUGGAUAAUUAUAAAACUGUGCAUCACUGCCCUCUCAAUAUGAAGACUGCCAUAUUCCAAGUCACACGUUCUUUACCAAUGGAGUAAUAGAAUUAACAGUAUUUAAAAAUAAUCACAUGUAACACUGCAGAGACCUUAAGUGCUAAACUAGUGGCAUCUGUGACCAGAGAAUUGGCAUUUUCUACAGUGGUUAACAAAGCAAUUACCAAUGGCCUUUUUACAUAUUUUUCUUUAAUGAGGAAUAAUAUGCAUGUAGAUAAGACCUACUUAAAGGCUUCAUUUAUAUUCUUUUAAAUCAGAUCAUUAUUUAAUAACUUAUAUACAUUGUUGUUGGAAUGGUAUAUGUUUUUGCAGCUCUUUGUAUUUUGUGGUAGAUUGAAUUGUAUCACUUUGAAAAUGCAAAUUGAUUUUUUUUUUUUUUUAAAUUAGCAGAUACCUGAAGUAAUAUUUUUGCAGGGCCUUUACAAGCCUAUAACUGUCAACUACUUUGAUAUAUUCUGUUCAUCCUGUAUGCCAAGCUGGUAAAAUACAUUGUAAAUUACAUAUUAAAUAUUUUAUCUGCUUUUACAGUUGCAAGUGCAGAAAUAUGUACAUCAGUCUUGUCAGUGAUUGUGAAGUGAACAAGUCAGUGAAAGAUGCAAGCUUUUCAUAUGUAUUGUUGAAUUGCUCAUUCUAUUCCCCCUACCUGAAAACAGCUUUUUUUGGUAUAUUCAUAGCUACAGCAUUUUUUUUAAGCCUUAUCUGGCAAGCAGCAGUAUUUAGAGUACCCCCUCAGUGGGAAGGGAAUGCUUCCUUAGAUUGCUGUUUAACAGUGAGGUGUUUGACUCCCAGCUACAACAGUUGGCGUAUGCAUAUAUCUUGCCUCUGCAGUUACUUUGGCCUCUCAGAAUAUCCCCAGAAAGUCAAAGCAACUUUAGCCCUCGUCUAUCUGGUAGCUGGUAAACCAGGUGCAUGGGAAACUCUUAAGCUGCAUUAACGCAUUUGUGUCCCAAAACAGCAUUAUAAACUACUAAUGAGCAUAAUUUUUUACCCUAUGUUGCAGGGCUUGAGUGAACAAAUGAAUUGGAAUUAACUACAACCGCUUCUGAUUUGGAGUGAUUAAGUGGAAGAUACGAAACUUGCCAGAUGUAAUUGUAACUUUGGGGGUACUAGACAGAACUGAACUUAGUCCUGACUUGCUCUUUC